AAGUGUUCCCCUUGGUCCCCGUCUCCAAAGUUCCAUGAAGGCAGACGCUCCCCACCGGGCCGGAACAUGAAGGGCUUAUCGGGGAGUCGCUCCCAGCACCAGAUCCCUUUAGCUCAUGGCUUGGACUAUGACCCUCAUGUCCACGAGGUCCAUGCGCACCAUGGCCCCGAGUCCCGCCACACGUCCUACCUGCUCAGCCCCACGGAGAGCUGCCCCAUGGACUUCCACCAGCGCUACUCUCCGCGGAGCUCCAUCCACUCCGACUGCAUGCUGUCCCCAGUCCUGAUGGCUCCACCUGCCCCAAACGAACACAUCUCCAGCAGCACUUUCCCUCGAAUGCACUACAGCUCUCAGUUCUAUGACACGGCAAUGCGAGAUGAAUGUGCGGCGAUCACAACCUCGGCCACAUCCCCUGCUGUGGCUGCUGCUUCCUCCCACCACCCGGGCACCAAGAGCAAUCGACUUCCCGCCAACCUGCUGGACCAGUUUGAGAAACAACUGCCACUACAUCGCGACGGCUUCCACACGUUACAGUACCAGCGCACCACUGAGCAACGCAGCGAGAGCCCUGGGCGAAUCAGACAUCUUGUUCAUUCUGUGCAAAAGCUCUUCACAAAGUCACACUCCCUCGAAGGAUCGUCUAAGAUGAAUGGUACAAGAGGGGACAGUAUAGGUGGCGGAGGAGGAGCAGGGAGCUAUCACCAUCACGGCCAUCACCCUUCCAAACAUGGGAGCAAAAGGAGCAAGAGCAAAGAGCGCAGGCACCGCUCAGGAGGCUGGUGGAGUUCAGAUGAUAACUUAGACAGCGACAGCACUUACCGGCCCGCCAGCGUCAUGUCCCGGCACCACGGGGAGCAUCAUUGCUAUCCCGACCACAUGCACAGCCACCACUUUGGAGACCACUCACUCAAAGCCUCCAAGAGUAAUAAUGAUGUCAAGUGCUCGGCCUGUGAGAGCAUGGCUAUGGCGCCUGAAGGCAAGUUUAUGAAGAGGAGUUCGUGGUCAACGUUAACAGUGAGGGAGGCUAAAGAACACUACAGGAAAUCAUCCUUAAAUCUGGACAAGCCCAUGAUGCACACCGACCUCAAAACUCGCACCUGUCAUUACCUGCAGGUGCCCCAAGAUGAGUGGAGUGCCUACCCUGGAGACAAGGACGAGGAGAUCCCGUGUCGCCGAAUGCGCAGUAGCAGCUACGUCAAAGCCAUGGGUGAGAUCGACGAUGAGAGUGGAGAUUCAGAGCCCAGUCCCAAAACUUCACCACAAAACGCCAUACGACCAGACGCGCUGGUCCUGAAAUCAGCCAUGAGCAGACCUCAUUUAGACUCCCACAGCCAGGGCUACCAAUUGCAAACCAGAGACAUGCGGCCCCACCAUAGCGUUACACUGGACCCCGCCACCACCUUUCACCCCCCACCUUUCCGCUCUCGUAACCAGAGCUACAUGCGUGCUGUCAGCACCCUCAGUCAGGCUAGCUGCGUAAGCCAGGUGAGUGAGACUGAGAUCAAUGGCCAGUUUGAGUCAGUUUGCGAGUCCGUUUUUAGUGAAGUAGAAUCCCAGGCUAUGGAGGCCUUGGACCUGCCCGGUUCGUUCCGCACUCGAAGCCACAGUUACCUCCGUGCAAUUCAGGCUGGUUAUUCCCAAGAUGACGACUGCUUGCCUUCAAUGACAUCCUCCACUGUCACUUCAACUCUCAGAUCCACAGCUGCUGUAAGCUACACUAGUUAUAAGAAGACUCCACCUCCUGUGCCCCCACGCACCACCACCAAGCCUAUUAUCUCUGUGACAGCCCAGAGCAGUACAGAGUCCACGCAGGACGCCUACCAGGAGGGCAGGCAUCCUCGGGGUGCUCUCUGGACCACCGACAGCCUGGGCCGCCCCAUUUACAGCUCCACAGACAGCCUGGAUAGCACCAAGGCGGUCACCAUGGCCAUGGAGUCUGCAGCAGGCAAGAGGCAUGCAUCGCUGGGCAGUCACAGCUCAGUCCAGACAUGCGAUAAAGCAGUGCUGGUGUCCAAGGCCGAGGAGUACCUCAAAACCCCACGCUCUUCCAUAGGGAUACAGGUAAAGCUGACAGGUGCAGAACAAGACCAACAUUUACCUUACACAUUACAUGUGUGUUUGUUUCAGGUGGAAACUGUGACCGACUCGGAGACAGAGACUAAAGGCCUCCCUCAGUUCCACUCCAUUGGGAUCCAGGUGGAAGACCAUAAACGUCGUGGGCGAGUCAAGCGUUCCAACAGUGUGACCACAGCAGUGCAGGCAGACAUGGAGCUAGAAGGAUUCCCCUCGAUGGAGGACAAAGGGCUGCAGUUUGGAGGGGCCUUUGGGCGCCACUCUGAGCCCAGUACGCCCACUCAGUACGGAGCUGUGCGCACUGUGCGCACACAGGGCUUGUUCAGUUACAGAGAGGACUACAGGCCCAGCCCACAGCCUGAGUCCUGGCUCAUGCAGCCCAGCCUGGAGAGCACCGACACAGGCCGAGUAUCCCCAAUCCGCAGGGAUGGCAGCUGGUUUAUGCAGCUUCUUCACAAUGAAACCAAGAGGCUGGAAGGGUGGUGCAAAGAGAUGGAGAGAGAGGCUGAGGAGCAUGACCUGUCAGAGGAGAUCUUAGGAAAGAUCCGAAGUGCUGUGGGAAGUGCUCAGCUCCUAAUGUCUCAAAAGUUUCAGCAGUUUUACUGGCUAUGUCAGCAGAAUCUGGACCCCAGUGCAAUGCCCAGACCCACCUCUCAGGACCUGGCUGGAUUCUGGGACCUCCUGCAGCUCUCCAUCGAUGAUGUCACUGCCAAGUUUGAUGAGCUACAGCAGAUCAAGAGCAAUGCCUGGCAGCUGGUCGAGAGCCCUGAGAAGAAGGAGACAAAGUGGCCUCCACCUCUGGCAAAGCGGCCUUCCAAGGGCCGUGGUGGCAUCACUCGGGAGAGAUCCCUGGACCUGGAGGAUCGUCAACGGCAGGAGGCCCGCAGACGCCUGAUGGCCGCCAAACGAGCAGCUUCUUUCAGACAAAACUCAGCAACUGAGCGUGCAGAUAGUAUUGAGAUCUACAUCCCAGAAGCUCAGACCAGGCUCUGA